AUGCCUUUCAAAGUUCGAGAUAGCAGUGUCGAGCGACGGCGGGAAAAAAAGGAGACGGCCAGGCUAGAAAAGCCAGAAAGAGACCGGAAAGACAGAGAUCGGGACCGAGACAAGGACAGACAAGACAGACAAGACAGACACCGAUCCCAUCGCAAACUCUCGACCAAGGACAAGACAAACUCUAGAACAUCGCUGUCUCCCGCGGACAACAAGAGACGAUCUUCCAUGCCUGGGAAAAUUGAGGAUGGUCCCCUCACCAAAUCCGACUCCAAGUCUAGUCUACCAUAUCCAUCCUUCUCCAAGGAGCACAGCCGUGAAGCGGUGAGUGUUACCUCCCGGCCGGUCUUGAACGUGUAUACACCACCUGCAACAGAUGUGAACGCAUCAAAGGAUAGGCUGUCGACCUCAAAAUCGACCUCCGCAGCGUCCAACCGGGCUCCUCCCAGCCCCCCUCUGACCGAUCAGAACUCCGGGUCUGGGAAAUGGAGGUCCAACGCCGGCAAGCCCGUGUCCGUUGAAACAAUACCGGAAGAGAAGGUCUCAAGUAACGGUAGAGACCCAAAGAGCAAGGCCAGCUUGCGGCCACACUCUUCGAAGUCCAAUGGUCAUCUGCGCAGUACAUCGGAACUGGGAGCAGACGGCUUAUCAGCAAGGAAACAUCGAGAUACAGCAGGCUCGCCGCUUAAAGUGGUGACAGCAAAUCAUGCUGCUAUUCCCAUACGGUCAGUCAGUCAACCGAUCAGGAUCGAGUCGCCAGCCACGACAACAAGCGCUUCCGAGUCCGUCACGAAUAUAAGUUCGGAAGCAACCUCUAUAGCUCCAGAGCAACCGAGCAUCCAGCGACCAGGAUCGAAAGUCCCUCCCGCGGCAGUAUUUCCUGAUGUACAACCUCACGGCGGCCCAGAUGUUCGGCGCCGCUCUCGCGGUGUCACACCACUGGAAGUGUUUGACGAUGGAGAAUCAUCAAUAUUAUCUGCAACCCCAGGCGGUGUCUCGGCCACUCCAGGACCUCCGCCUCCCCCGCCAGCUCCCGCCCUUGUCGCGGUCCCCAAGGUCGACUAUUUGCUGCAGCAUGGCGGGUUGAGCCAGACCAUCCCGAAAAACCUGUUGUUGGCGGGCAAGCCAAUGGCGAUCCAACAGGCCCAAUCUGCAAGCCAACCACCCGUUGUAGUUGCACACCUCUUUGAGCCUUAUACUGCGCUCCUAGACGACUAUGAGAAAGUGAUGUCCAAGAACGGCUCCAUUGCUGUCGCAACAGGCUAUCGAUCUGUGGCACGGCGACUGCUCGAGCGGCUCGAGGCGGUCUUUGCGCGGGACAUAUCCUCCGAAGCCUGCCAAUGUCCGAUGUGUGAAUACGACGGCACGCAUGAUGUGCGGAGUGUGAGCUGGGGCGAAGUUCUGGAGCUGGUGUCUGGACGCAAAAGCCUUCCCCCAUGGCCUCCAUUUGCAUUCACACAGUCUCCCGUUGGACUGGGCAUAUCUCUCGAGCUGCAUGUGCCGAUGCAAAAGCUCGACAUCGACGUGCCAGAGGAAUAUCGAGAGCACUAUAUUCGGCAGUCGCGCAAGACAAAACAAAGCGUCGACAAAUGGCUGAACCGGCAAAGUGACUGUCCUAGCUCUCCACCUGAAGAGGUCGACGACGAGACACUUGCUUUCGCCAUCCUCACGCAUCUACCGGCUGAGCACAGGCCUGUGUUCAAAGACCUGUUGGGUAUUGUAGACCGGCCGGUCGAACCUCCUCGAAGAGCUCCAACUCCAGAAGUACAAACUCAGAAUGACACCGCGCCUCGCCUACCACGGCCUACGCCAACACCCACUCCUGCUCCGCGGACCCGGCCCGAGCAUAUUGCUACGGCUUCCCAAGCCAUUCAACGACUGUAUCGACUGCCUACGACGCCGCGAGAUUCCGAGACUGCUCUGUUCCUCCUCAACAACCCGACGUUGCACAAUGCACUGGCAACUCUGGCCGCGAUAUCCAACGAUGAAUGGGACAUACUGACCUCAGGUCGCUUUGAUGGAUUUUUGCGUAGUGGAGCCGAGGAAGUACCUUUGUCGAUGCCUGAGAUGGGUACUCCUUCUAGAGGUCCUACCCCGUAUCGACCGCCAACGAGAGGCGUGACGCCAGGCUACGUUGGUGGAUCUGCGUCUAUCUCAAACGGCAACGGAUACGGAUCGCAGCAAGGAAGUUACAGCUACGCGUCUUAUCCAAGUACAACAGCACAGUACGGGGCCCCGAUUGCGUUUGACGAAGAAACCGAACUUGCAACUUUGGCCGAGGUCGAGCGCGAAAUUUAUGCCGGCAUGGAGGCGCUCGAGGAUGCGUUUGAGGCGUUGCACGUCAAAGCAGAAACGGUCCGUCGGGAUUUACGCGAACGAGCUGCCGGUCUGGCUGCCACUGCACAACGUCGGAGAGGCAAUUUGGGUGGAGGCAUCGAGGUACGCAUGGACACCCCGGCGAGUGGCAUUCAUCCGACGUUUGCCGACGGUGGCGUCUAUGGCAAUGGCAAUGGCCACGUUCCUGGAAGCGGGAAACCUUGGGAUGCAGAAACAGAUGAUGGAUUGGGCGAGUGGGAUGGAUACAGUGAAAUCGAACCUGACGAUUCGGCGAGUAACAUCUCGAGUGCGAGGAGACGGCGGCCGAAACGGAGGAAUGAGCGACGGACUCCGGCACUGAUCGAGGAGGAAGAUGAAGAUGAAGAUGUCGUUAGUGAAGCGACGGGGAGCCCAAGGAAGCGAUGA